AUGUCUUCUCUCCAAACAGAACCACUUCACAUGCUGGACGUCGCGGACCACAUCUCUCUGUUGCCCAGCAGCCCUCUUACUCCACCUGAAGACAAGCAACCAGACGCUUUGUAUGUCGAUGUAAACACCUCCGACCAUGAUGAAGAUCAGCCAAUAAAUUAUUCGCAAUAUGUAUCUCAAGGCAAGGGUCUCACAUCCGUAGCAAGUAUCAGUCAGGACGGCCGAAUUUCUGUACGCUUCGAUCUGAAGGACACGGAUUCGAUUCCGGAUAUCUCUCGCAAUCUCACCGACGUUGAGGAAUUCGCGGUCGACCAGGAGUGGAGGGACUACCCCAGCAUGAGCAUCGUGAUUAUGAUUGUUGGAAGCCGAGGUGACGUUCAACCUUACGUCGCCCUCGGACAGCAAUUGGCGAAAGACGGACACCGAGUGCGGAUUGCGACGCACGAAACAUUUUGGUCUUUCGUUGGCGAUGCUGGCUUGGAGUUCUUCAACAUUGGUGGAAACCCACAGGAUUUAAUGAGUUAUAUGGUGAAAAAUCCUGGUUUAGUUCCGGGAAUCGAAUCCCUCACCAAUGGCGAUAUCAAGAACAAGAGGAAGAUGCUCACAGAGAUGAUUAAAGGGUGUUGGCUGUCAUGUCAUUCUCCAUGUCCAGAGACAGGACGUGCUUUUGCAGCGGACGCCAUCAUAUCAAACCCUCCGGCAUUCGCUCAUAUCCACUGCGCGGAGGCACUUGGGAUACCGCUUCUCAUGAGCUUUACGAUGCCCUGGUCUCCUACAACUUCCUUUGCCCAUCCCCUAGUCAACAUCACGAACUCGAACGCUGGCAGCAGCCUCAGCAACUACCUAAGCUAUGUUGCAGCUGACCUCUUGACAUGGCAAGGGAUUGGCGAUAUCAUCAACACUUUUCGUACGAAGACACUGGGUCUUUCCCCGUUGACUCUCCGUUCCGGCCCAGACUUUGUUGACAGGACGAAAGUACCGUGGACGUAUUGCAUGAGCCCAGCCCUAGUUCCGAAGCCGCUCGAUUGGAAGAAUCACAUCGACGUCGUUGGCUUUUACUUCCUCGACUUAGCAUCUAAGUUCCAGCCAGCGCCCGAGUUAGCAGCUUUCUUGGAGGCAGGAGAGCCGCCUGUGUACAUUGGUUUUGGCUCCGUCGUCGUGGACGAUCCUGCAGCAAUGUCACAUAUCAUCUUCGAGGCCACCAAGCAAGCGGGUGUCAGAGCGUUGGUCUCAGCCGGAUGGGGCGGCUUGGGAGGAGUUUCUGUCCCAUCGCACAUCUUCAUGUUGGGCAACGUGCCUCAUGACUGGCUUUUUGACAACGAGCGUGUCUCUGCAGUUGUUCAUCACGGGGGAGCAGGUACUACUGCAAUUGGGUUGGCAAAGGGCCGUCCGACUAUUGUUGUACCGUUCUUUGGAGAUCAGGGUUUCUGGGGGAGCAUGAUUCACAAAGCGGGUGCUGGCCCGAAACCUAUCCAUCACAGAGAGUUAUCCAUCUCGAAGCUUACCGAGGCUAUCAAGUUUGCCACUAGCCCUCCAGCAAAGUCGGCUGCGAAGCAGCUUGCCCAGAAGAUCCGUGAUGAGGAUGGUGUCCGGAAAGGAGUAGAAAGUUUCUACAAACAUCUCCCGCUGCUCAAUAUGAGAUGCGACCUGGACCCUUCCCGGUUGGCGGUAUGGUGGUCAACGGAACAUUGCUUGAAACUUAGUGCUUUCGCUGCUCAAGCGCUCUCGGAUGCCAAGAUGCUCGACUUACGCUCCUUAACCUUACAUCGACCUAAGGAAUAUAGGACUCGCACGAAACCGGUCGAAUCGUUGAUCAGCAUGGGCUCCAACCUUUUCUGGUAUCUGACCAAUUCUGUUUGCUCGACCCCUCUGAAACCUAUAAAGAGUCCAAAAUCUGUUCCUGGACCUCUCCCAUCUCAUCCGUCGCAUGGAAUAAUGUCAGCGGUGGCGUUGAUGCAUGAGGGUUUAACGAAUCCCACUGGAAAACAAAGGCCACCAACUAGAACCUCGGAAGAUUCUGUCGUGGAAAACGUCAGCAAAGGAAAGGAAAAGAGAGCCUCCUUGCCAACUACUCCGACAAAAGAAUCAGAGCGCACACACACACGAAAAGAGUUCCUCGUGUCUACUCUCAAAGACGCGGCUGUAAAAAUAAUACAUAACGCAAAGAAACCACCUCAUCUCGACUUCGUCUCUUUGCCAGUCCAUAGAGGUGCAUGGAAGAGCGUGCAAUCCUCCGCCGGCAAGGACUACGAACACCGACCCCGUCUAACACGAAUUGCGGCUGGCCGAGAGGACGUGCGCAAAAGUACUGCUUCGCAACGCGCACACAUUAUCAGGCGCUUUGAGGAGGAGAGUUGCCAAACUCCACAUAGACAGAAGCUGUACCAAGACGCCAUCCGGCGUGCUGUGAAGGAUGGGAUGGAAAUUGAUGUGUCGAGGGCGAACGGCGGCUAUAGUUCUUCGCGUUCCUCCGGAGACCUACCAGACGCGCCUCCUGCGAGUAGGGCAACGACCAUGGCGAUGCCUAGUGCUAGCGGGGACACCGGGAAUACAACAACAUCCGUCUCGGGUUCUCCAUUGGUCACUCCACUGAAGACAUAG